AUGACGACUCUAAAAAAACUCUGCGUGUUUUGCGGCUCCUCCUCUGGACGCGAUUCGCGUUACGUCGAGGAGGCGAAAGCGCUCGGGGAAUAUCUCGCGUCUGAAAAGAUCCAACUGACGUACGGCGGCGGAUCGAUCGGCUUAAUGGGCGCAAUCGCGAACGCCGCCUACGACGAAGGACAAAAUCGAGUCCUAGGAAUCAUCCCAGUCGGUUUGUGCGCGCGAGAGAUCUCCGGGGAAACCGUCGGGGAGCAGAUUCAAACGAAAGAUAUGCACGAAAGGAAACGACUGAUGGCGGAGAAUUCGGACGGGUUCGUCGCUUUGCCGGGAGGAUUCGGAACCAUGGAGGAACUGUUCGAAGUCAUCACGUGGCAACAGUUAGGGUACCACAAGAAACCAAUAGGGGUAUUAAACGUGAACGGCUAUUUCGACAGUUUGUUGACGUUUUUAGACGAGGCGCGAGAGAGCGGUUUCGUCAGCGAAGAAGCGAGGAAUAUCGUCUUGAGCGACGACGACGCCGAGAGGUUGAUCGGGAAGAUGCGGCAGUACACAGCGCCGAGAGGGGUGAUAGAGCAAGAAUUUCAAGGGUAA